AGACAGGAGGAUCCUCGCACAAGUAGGUCACCCUCCAUCAAGGUAAGAACACCACUGUCGGUGGCCUCGUUCCUCAAGGCUAAUGCGAAUUACGAAAACCAUAAUUCUUGUUUAGUCUUCUUACUACAUGUGGGUCAAAAAGUAGACAAAAAAAGUUCAUUUUUCAAUAUUUCAUGUGGCCCUGUAUCGUGGAUAUUAAUAUCUUUCUGUUUUCUCGAGCUGAGUUUUUCAACGUACGAUCGAUCAAGUAUAUCGUCGUUAUUCAGCAAGCGGUUCUGCGUUUGACAUGUGUGUAAACUUAUUUUUUGUUGAAGAGUUUUAUUUUCCGCGAUGUUUUGAAAUUAUUGCUUUCUUUCGCUCCUAUUGAAGGCUCGAGAGUAUUUCAGCGACAGCACAAAAUGGCUCGCAUAUUGCGGGUGCUGUUACCCGGUGCUGCGCUCUCAGCAGCUAGCGUUGUACCUAGUACUCCUUCCACCAAUACGGUUAAAGAGGAUGUAGAAGCCAAGAGGACUACCGCAGUACCGGAACUUGAUAACAUCGCAGAACCAACAGUUCUAGAUCAAGAAUUCUUGCCGUCUUCUAGUACAACUGGAGUUCUCGUCAGCCAGGACCAGGAGGAGGUACCUCAAGAACAGGUUGCUGCAGAAGUGGAACCUGCUCAGCCACUGCCAUCCGCUAGUAAAGGAGAUCCUAGCGCGAGAGCGAGUACAACUGCGGAUGAUUCAGCAUCUACUAGUAGUUCGUCGAAGAACGAGGAAGAGGAUAGAGAGAAAGCGGAAGUGCAAGAAGAAGAGCCGCCACUAGUCAUUAAGCCCGAUGUUGACCCCAGUACGAUCUUUCCGGCGCCAACUAGCGGUCCCAUCUACUAUUUGCGCUGGUUGUGGUGGGUUCUCAUUGCCUACAUGUUCUUCGCACAGGUAUCGCUUAUGCUGUUUUUAGCUGGCAAAUCUUCAUGGAGUAUGUGAACCGAAAAACUUAUAAGAGCCGAAAAACUUACUUACUUAAGCUUUUUCGUUGGAUCUUUAAUCCUUUUGAUUGAUUCUGACGAUGCAUACGCAAUUCCACCCCGAACACAAAAGGCAACCGUCUGCGACGAGUGGUUCGUCCCCGCAAUUGAAGUUGUCUGCGAAAAAUACGGCAUCCCAGAAGAUGUAGCUGGAGCGACCUUGAUGGCCUUAGGUUGCAAUGGCCCAGAGAUGUUCACCAAUGCCAUUGCGCUCUUCAUCACCCACAGCGACGUCGGCGUUGGAACCAUCGUGGGUAGCGAAAUCUUCAACCUCCUCCUCAUCGUCGGCGUGAGUAUCAUUGCAACACCGAACGUGGAGCAGUUGGGGUUGCAGAUCGACAAAUACCCUUUUAUCCGAGACUGCUUCUUCUACAUGCUGUCGAUUUUGUUGCUCUAUUGGGUGCUGCAGGACGAGAAAGUGACUUUCGUUGAGUCUCUGACGCUGCUGUGUUUCGCAGGCGUUUUCGGAGCGGCAGUGGGAUUGACAGAUCGGGUCCUCAUUGCAGCAGGGAUCAGACAAGCGAAGUCUGCUGAAGAUGCGAUGGAAACUGGGACAGCGAAAACGGAAUCUUCCUACACUAGCCUUGAGGGAGAUGGAAGUACUUACUGCUUGUGACUUGCGUUUUUUAGGUGUGAUAAUUCUGCUCCAUAAUUAUCAUCUGUAGUUCGAUACUUUUACUGAUCAUGACACGAGAUCCUUCAAAAGAUAUUACCAUCUUUGUACGAAACGGUCGGCGGCUGGUUUUCUCUCAUACCUGUCCUCCUCUAUCCCAUUCGUACCACACUAAAUUUCGAGUUUGCAUGUCCGAGUGUGUCCCAGCUUUCUCUCUGUAAUUGGGAUUAUGCUUUGAGUCCUCACUGGACCGUGACUGCUCGAACAGAAUAAAAUACGAACAGAGAGUCCUUUGCAUUUCAUCUUGUUGAUAUAAGACAAAGCUUUUAAUACCGAGAAUACAAGUCCCCUACUAAAAACCCAAGGUACCGAAGCAGCAUUUGCGAAAUUAGCUGGUGCUCGUCUAGAUGUCAACGUAACAAGACCAAAGGCAAUAGAGUUUGGCUCUACGAAACACCAAAUGCAAGUGGCCAAGGAUGGACUCAACGUCCAAAACCUUUACUUCGACUCGCAGGAGAAAAAGGGUACUUGGACUUAUAUGAAGUGCUUCUUGAUGUAUUCUUGUCGAUGCGAUUACCAAUCAACCUAUCUUCCCUUUUAUUAAGCCAAAUUUUCCUUACCAGCAAAGAAAUACAACUGACUGCAUUGGGUGACGACUCCAACCAUACAAACACUCACCAUCUACUCCUACAUCAGCAGCUGGCCUGUCUAUGCCACUCCUGAACGCUCCGGAAGGGUCUUGUAAAAUUGGCUUUUCUCAAUUGAGCGAUAUCCAAGUGCCAACGGCGCGUACAGUCUGCUUCGUCGCAAAUGCGAAGAGCAGUGGAGAAGCCAUUAAGAUUGAAACGGUAAUUAGAGGACUUAGUGUAGUUGAGUUCAUUGACGAUUAAUUACGCCAUGCUCUUGUUUUUGUCUGCUCUUAGAUUUGUCGAUUGAAAAUCAAAAUUAGGUAAGUUGUCAACAUUCGUCCUUCUUCAUUACCAUCACAAGAAUUCAGAUCUAUUCUCCACAUUGAACCUCAUCACAGACCCUAGCGAGCGAAGGGGAUGUAGGCAAAUUUUUGCAGUGCCUGGGUCUAGCAAACGGAACAUGUUCAGGGGAUUCAAAUUUAGGGCACGUCCACAUUUCUCCAGAAGAGUACCUAGCCACUUCCCUCGCCACACUGAAAAACGGAGCAGUCCCUCUGAAGGAAAAAGCUUCGACCGCAGUCGCUCUACCGAUUAAUUACGCACUUGGUCGUAGUAUGUCAUGGUGCGAUCCUAAACAAGGUGCCACCAAACCUCGGUGGCUCUCCGCGUUCUGCGUGUCGAUGGGCUGGCUAGCGCUUUUUUCCUACGUCAUGGUGGUCUCUGCGGAUUUCAUCAAUAUCCAGUUCGGCAUCACACAAGCCGUGUUGGGCGUCACCUUGUGCGCAGCAGGGACGAGCUUUCCGAACUUGUGGGCCAGUUACUUGACGGCGAAAGGCGGAAAAAGCAGUAUGGCAGUAGCGAACGCUUUGGGGUCAAACGUGCAGAACGUGUUUUUGGCUCUGGCGUUGCCGUGGACGGUCAAGACCUUCUUCGCGGAUGGGCAGUUUAUCUUAUGAACGAAUAGUAUCUAGAGUUCUGUUUUUAUAAGGACGUUUACGUUUUUUGUAAAUGUUUAAGUACCACUGUAUCUUUCUGUUGAUGCCAAUUACGGUAGAUUGGCUUGCUCAAAAACCACACACGAAAGAUUCAGAUUUUGAUACGUGAUGAAACCUCUUCUAAUGAAUCCCAUGGCGACCCCUGGGAUUAUGGAUGGCGUGUUGUGGAUGGGCGGAACCUGGGCAUUGCUAGUCGCACUCGCUUACAACUACAAAUUCAAGCUGUACCCGUGGAUGGGAUAUACGUUCUUUGUGCUGUACUUCGUGUACCUGUACGAUGCGUGCUUCUUGCAGAGCUAG